CUGUCACCCCCCCACCUCCAAUGUCACAUUCCAUUAUCAGGUUAUCAUCCGAUAGAUAGUCAAUCUUGAAGCAAUUGAGAAGUAGACAUAAUAAUAGGAUAUCCAACAAGACAUUCGUUUCGGGUUAUUCGCCGUGAUCAUUGUACCUGCUCAUUGGCAAGAUGAGAGUUUUACCUCUGGCUUCAUUAUUCAUCGGCCAAGCCUGGUGCGUCCUUGAAGUAAUCCAAGCUGCCACUCCUCCCCGCUUAGAUCUCAGCGCCCCAGCAUGCAGACAAGAAGUCUUCAAGCAUGAUUUUGGGAAUAGCUAUGGUUCGCCAUAUGUUGGAUAUUACACGCCACCGCCUGGCUGCGUCUACACGACAACUAUCUUCAACCUAAGCGUGGUAUCCAGGGGGCGACAAUACGACCGGCUCGCGACGCUCUGGCUCGGCGAUGUCGAGGUGUGGCGGACAUCAACGGCAAUGCCGACGCAGACAGGGAUUCACUGGUCAUUCCAGAAAGACAUGACGAUAUGGAACACUCUGCUGCGCAGCCAAGAUCCCAUAAAAAUCAUCUUUGAAUUAAAUAACAUUAUUGACGGCGACCGCUACACGGGGUUGUUCAAUGCUACGCUCGAGGCGCUGUACUUUGAUGAUGUUUACGACGGUCAAGGACUGCACCCAGCAGAGCACAUAUACGCUAUUUCGACGCGUUCAUCAUCUAGUAACAUGACCUCGUUAUUCUCUCUCCCGGAAGAUAGUGGUGCCGUCAACUUGACCUUCCCGCGAAACGCCAAGACCGCUGUAGUGUCCAUCAUUGCCUCUGGAAAUGCGGCCGAAGAGUUUUGGUUUACCAAUGUGCCAACCGAGUACAUCAACACGUUCCCGGAGAACGAGGGAUGGUUAUACGGCUAUAGCCCGUUCCGAGAGGUGCAGCUACUUAUCGAUGAAGAGCUUGCAGGCGUAUCGUGGCCAUUCCCUAUCCUCUUCACAGGUGGUGUUGAUCCCGGGGCUUGGAGACCGAUCGUCGGCAUCGACGCAUACGAGCUACCGUCGUUCGAGAUCGACGUGACGCCGUGGCUUGGGUUGUUGACAGACGGAGACUCUCAUAGAUUCGCACUCCGUGUCGUCGGUUAUGACACUUCGACCGAAGAUGGCAUCGGGCCGGUUGGAGAGAAUUGGUGGGUGUCAGGGUCCGUUUUCAUCUGGAUUGACGAGGGGAGUGAGCAGACGACAGCGAAGAGCUUCAAAAGCGAGAUUUCAUCGCCCCUAUUCGAGUUUCAACCGACCCUCGGCACUCGUGUUGCUGAGGAUAGUACUUUAACUAACACGUCUUUCUAUUACUCCUUGAUAGCUAGUCGAAGUCUCAAAGUGUCCUCGAUAAUCACGAGCGGAGGGGAGAGUCGCCCAGUCUCUUGGAGCCAAGAUGUAUCUUAUUCCAACAUCCAAAACAUGACAGACUUUGCUUUCAACCAAUCUCUCGCAAUGGUCUCUUCUGGUAACCAUUCUAGCUCGGCUUCGAAUAUUGUAUCGAGUUACACAUAUCCAAUGAAUCUGUUUAGUGCGUAUAAAGUCCAAUCGGAGGGCGCAACUACCAAUCCAGGCUCCGUUCUUUGCCUUGUCGACAGAAGCAAACUCACUAAUGGCCUUUCAUUAUUAUCGUUUCUCGCCGGCACAUCAACCGGGCUCGAAACUCUAAGCACGAGGCAAAACGUCACUUCCAGCUAUCAUUGGAACUCGACUAUAGUGGAGGGUACCGCAGGCCUAGAUACCAUGAACGGUGAGACGUGGUUUUCUUCUUCUAGCUCUCCUGGAAUUAGACAAGGUGUACGGAAGUACCACCGGUAUGCGAAGGAAAAGGAUGAUGCCUUAGAAGUCGACCAAGAAGGAUGGGAUACGAUCCCGGUGCCGCCCACCGAGCCAUUGCCUGUUGUUGAGGGAGAACCACAUGUAUAGCCCUUUCAAGCAUAGAAAUCAUAGACCCUUCUAUGUAAGGUUAUAUAAUGGCGGCAGAAUGUGUUCAGCCAGCUCUGAGUGUUCGGUGGUGUCUGUUAAGUUUAAAA